AAAGUAGUAAAGAUGAUGAAGAAAUUUAUGAAGAAAUCUAUGAAGAAAUCUGUAAUAAAAUCUUUUUUGAAUUAAUACAAGACUAUAAAAUUUUUUUAAAAACUACACUUGAAGAAAAUGAUAAAGAAGAUGAUGAUUACUUUCUUGGAGUACCUCAAAAAAAA